CGAGCGGGCGGGAAGCGCCGCUCCGCCCCGCGCGCGCCAUGGCGCUGUCCCAGCCCGGGCCGCGGGAGCCCGAGCAGCCGUCACCGCACAGCCGGCAGCAGCUGCAGGAGUGCCCCCCGUCGGACCCCGCUGAGCCCCGUUCUCCCCCGCAGGAGUGCCCCCCGUCGGACCCCGCUGAGCCCCGUUCUCCCCCGCAGGAGUGCCCCCCUUCGGACCCCGCUGAGCCCCGUUCUUCCCCGCAGGAGUGCCCCCCUUCGGACCCCGCUGAGCCCCGUUCUUCCCCGCAGGAGUGCCCCCCUUCGGACCCCGCUGAGCUCCGUUCUUCCCCGCAGGAGUGCCCCCCAUCGGACCCUGCUGACUGCUGUUCUCCUCCUCAGGAGUGCUCCCCAUCAGGCCCCGCCGAGCCCCGGCCGAGCGCGCUCCCGGGGCUGGGCCGGCAGCUGCGGGUGCUGCUGACGCCGCUGCCCGUGGCGGCCUGGCCGCGGGCCCAGAAGCGGCUGCUGAGCCGCCGCGGCCCGGCCGCCAAGAGGCAGCGCCCGGAGCCCGAGAGCGGCCCCGCAGCUGCCCCCGGCCCCGCAGCUGCCCCCGGCCCCAGAGCUGCCCGCGGCCCCAGAGCUGCCCGCGGCCCCAGAGCUGCCCGCAGCCCCAGAGCUGCCCCCGGCCCUGCAGCUGCCCCCGGCCCCGCAGCUGCCCCCGGCCCCAGAGCUGCCCGCAGCCCCAGAGCUGCCCCCGGCCCCGCAGCUGCCCCCGGCCCUGCAGCUGCCCCCGGCCCCGCAGCUGCCCCCGGCCCCGCAGCUGCCCCCGGCCCCAGAGCUGCCCGCAGCCCCAGAGCUGCCCCCGGCCCCGCAGCUGCCCCCGGCCCCGCAGCUGCCCCCGGCCCCAGCUCGGCUGCCCGCGGCCAGGACGGGCUGUGGGAUGCGGACAGCGACGGCAGCGACGGGGGAGACGCGGUGCCGGAUGGACAUUCCCAGCUGUCAGCCUAUGAAAGGAAAAGACUCAAGAACAUUACAGAAAAUGCUAAAUUCUUCGCUUCUCUAAAGCUGCAUGAGUCAGCUGCAAGGCUUAACCAACUUACAACUAAAAGCCAAUCUCAUGUCACUAAAAGGGUCAAUGACAGUAGGCCCAGGCCCAGGAAGGCGGAGGACGAGCCGGCCCGGCGCCGCUCCAUGCGCCUGCUCCGCGUGGAGCCGCUGGACCUUCCCCUGCUGGAGUCACUCGCCCGGCCAGCGCCAGAGGAAUAUCCCCAGGUUCCAGCAGGACCUUUGCCCAUGGUUCCAGAGGAUCAGGCAGAGAGCAGUAAAUGGACAGAGACCUUACUGAGCACGUGGAUGAGGAUAAGUGAGGUGAACACAGACCAUGCUGACUGGGGCACACCUGACAUAAAGAGGUACCAGGAGAGCCUGAGCAGCAUGGUGCUGAGUGAGGAGAACGUCAGGAAGGUGGUGAAGGCCCGGGUGUGUUCCCUGGCCAUCCACCCUUCCCAAAGCACCAUCCUUGUGGCAGCUGGAGACAAGCUGGGGCACGUUGGCCUCUGGAAUGUGGGCUGCAGGGCUGAGGAGGGAGUCCACACCUUCAUCCCCCACAGCUUCCAGGUCAGCUGCAUGUACUUCUCCCCCAGCAACCCUGCCCACCUGCUGUCCCUGGGCAGUGACACCCUGCGCUGUGCUGAUGUCACCAGGGCUGUCUUUGACGAGAUCUGCAGGAGUGAGGAAAGCUUCUCCUGCUUUGACUUCCUGGAGGAGAAUGCCUGCAGUGCCAUCGUGAGUCACUGGGAUGGAGCCGUGGCUGUGGUGGACAGAAGGAGCCCAGGGCUGUCCCCAGAGCUCUCUGCAGACCUUGGCUUCAGGAGGACACGGACAGUGCACGUGCACCCCCUCAACAGACACUAUUUCCUGGCUGCUGGCUCGGUGGAUGUUUGUGUGUUUGAUGUUCGGUACCUGAAGGCCGAGGGGAACAAGCCCCUGAGCUCUCUCCCAGGACACACCAAAAGUGUGGCCUCAGCCUAUUUCUCACCUGUCACUGGGAGCAGGGUGGUCACAAUGUGUGCUGAUGACAAGCUGAGGGUCUACGACACCACGUCCUUGUCAUCCACAGUCACAUUGCUCAGCUCCAUCAGACACAACAGCAACACCGGGCGCUGGCUGAGCCGCUUCAGGCCCAUCUGGGACCCCAAGCAGGAGCACUGCUUCCUGGUGGGCAGCAUGGCCCAGCCCAGGCAGAUCCUGGUCUUCCAGGACACUGGGGCCCUGCUGCACUCCCACAGGGGGCAGUUCCUGACCUCGGUGUGCUCCAUCAACGUGGUGCACCCCAGCCAGAGCAUCCUGGUGGGGGGCAACUCCAGCGGCCGCCUCCACAUCUUCAAAUGAAGGACUGAGCUCUGAACGUCCCACCUGCCUGCAUUGACUGUUAGUUCCACUUUGAGCAGUUCCCAAGCUGACUGUUGUUUCUCAGGACAGAAAUGUACUUUGAAAGUCUUCAAAUAAAUUGUUUAAGCUAC